CGCCCGAUCCUUAAACUGACAACACGUCAACGUGGAGAGGUGGGGGUAUGUAUCAGACACCAAUACUAUUACUCCAUCCUCACCUUCCGCUGAAACACAGCGAACCUGAUGUCGGCCUGAAUGUGUGUCUGCGGCUUUUCACCGUGUCCCGCACAUCCUCCAGGAGCGAUUGAGGAUGUACACAAACGGGACCUCGCGCCUCAUUGGUGGAUCGGCUGAUGAUACCAUAUACAUACCCAGCAGGGUGUUCAUGGACAUGCUUGCGACCUUCCUCGAGACAGAUUGUUUCCUAGAGAUCGCCAACCCGACCGUAGUCCAUCUUGUUAACCCGCCUGACGAGCCAAUUUUAUACAUCGACCACUGAUGGAUCUGGCAACCUCCCUUCAAUGCGACAUUUGUGCGUGAGAAGUGGUGGGAGGGUUAGAAAGUCGACAUACGUUCCACUGGGGCGACCAGAACGCAGACGGCGUUUGGUUCGGCAAUCGAGAGCAUAUCUCAGACAUACGCGGAUUGUUUGUCAAGUCCGCUAGGAGACGAGGUCCCCAAAGUCUGAAGGCAGAACUCUAUGCUAUUCUCCAUAUGAGACAAUUGUCAACAUCUGUACAUUCCGCCAUAGUCCACCCACUACACUUGCGUACAACACCGAUAUAGUACGAAUUUUCUAGCCCUA